ACUAACCGAGCAUGACAAGAACAGCAUGGCACGUAUCAUCCCAAACCCCACUUCGACCCUUUCUCCAGUUCCUCCCUUCCACACUUGCUUUUGAGUUUUUAAUCUAUCAUCAUUUGUUCUUUCGGUUGGAGAUUCUUAAAUAGUGUCUUUAAUCGAACCUUGCGGUUCCUUUUUCACGGGUUGUUGCGUUCUUCCAUCAUUGAGUUUUUUUUUUUUUUUUACAAGACACCAACAUUAGUUUCUCUGUCGUUUUCACAAACACCUCGUCUGCCAUUAGAUCUUGAUUCUGGGUUCUCCCUUCAUGCCUCCUCUGAAUGGAUUAGCUUUUGUUCCCACCGUUAAUUCUGGAACGAUUAUCAUCACUUGCUACUUCCGAUUUUGAUGCUUUUGAAUGUGAGAGGAAAAUGAAGAUUUGAAGAAAGUAGAAGGUAUUCAAGAAGGGAAAUAUUUCUGGAAGGAGUAGGUUGCGAUGGUGGCACCUAGGAAAACAGCUAUGGCAAUCAAGUCUUACCAAAAUCAGGCUCAGGUGCUGGUUAAAAACUACUUAUUAGCAGAUCCCUUUAUCCCAUACACUUCCAUCCUCGGAGGCAUAUUUUUGUGCAAAGUGGCCUAUGAUCUUACCCAAUUAAUCAGUACCUUUUAUUUUAAGAGUUAUAACGGUCUUACAAAAGUCCAACGAAUUGAGUGGAAUAAUCGCGGUAUCUCCACCAUUCAUGCCAUCUUUAUCACAGUUACAUCAUUGUAUUUUGUGUUCUGGUCAGAUCUCUUUUCUGACCAUCAGCUUGCUGGCAUUGUUACGUUUCGAAGCUCUCCACUGUCAGUUUUUGCAUUGGGGGUCUCUGUUGGAUACUUUCUUGCAGAUCUUGGAAUGAUUUUUUGGCUCUAUCCUUCUUUAGGUGGACUGGAGUAUGUUAUCCAUCACUCUCUUUCUGGAGUUGCAGUGGCAUAUUCUAUGUUUUCUGGAGAAGGACAACUCUAUACAUUCAUGAUUCUCAUCUCUGAGGUUACUACUCCAGAAAUCAAUAUGAGAUGGUAUCUUGAUACGGCUGGUAUGAAGAGGUCCAUUGCAUAUCUCAUGAAUGGUGUACUGAUAUUUUUUGCAUGGCUGGCUGCAAGAAUUGUGCUGUUCGGUUACAUGUUUUACCACGUUUACUUGCACUAUGAUCAGGUCAUCCAAAUGCAUCCCUUCGGAUAUUUUUUGGUCUUUGUGGUGCCUUCAGCGCUAGCUAUGAUGAACUUGAUGUGGUUUGGGAAGAUUCUCAAGGGACUGAAGAAGACAUUAGCAAAGAGGCAGUGACUGAUGUUCAGUUAUAUGCAUGUACAAGUUAAUCUAAUUUCUUCGACUUUGUUGGUUCAUCUGUUCGUACGCAUUAUAUAUGCAGUUUUCUUCACGGUUGAAAUGGAGUUGGGAGAAAGGAGAGAAAGUUGAAGGCAUUAGGAUCUGUGCAGUCGCUGAAAAUCAAAUUGGCUCAAGUUGCAUAACAUUUCAGUUAUGAAUAUUAUAUACAUAGAAGUACUCCACCUAACUUCAUCCCAUGCAGUAGUGGGUCCAAUUUCUGCGCAAUCUUAGUUUCUCUGUACUUUCUUAAUGAUAGAAGAGGGAAAAACAAAGUUCAAGCUAUUCGGAUCUUCCAUCUGACUGGGGAUUGUUGUUGUAUGUACCUCACGUUGCAUAUAAUGUUUAGUAACUUAGAUCAGAAUGAUUUUCCUU